ACAGAAAAGAUCUACAUGUAGAUCUAGAUCUGUGGUUAGGUCUUCAAGAUGUUUGAAACAAACUACCUGUCCAGAACUUUUAAAAGUGUGUGUGCAAGUAUACCUAGAAGAAUUAAUGCUGAUUUGCAGAGAAAAUGUGGUCACACAAAAUUAUUAAUUUAGACUUUUAUUAAUUUGGACUCUUUUUUAUUUAUUCUUUAUUUAUGCAGAGUACUGUGUAUAUUUAUAUCACAUUCUUCUUCUGUCUUGAUUGAAUAUAUAAAUGUGUAAAUACAGGGCAGUGGUAGUGGAACCCCUCAGAUGUAAACUAAACAGAGGCGUUACCUGGAGACAAAACUGUACACAUACUGUUUCAUCAUCAAUAUCAAAUGUUGCCAUGGAUACGCGACGUCUUUUCACUGCUGGACAGCGAUAUCUGCUGGAUGCGUUAUUUUGGGCAAGAAGAAAAUAAAACCGAGAAUAAAGCGCCAUCUGCUGGAAUGUUUCACAAAAAAUUUUUAUACAUCAACCAGCACACUGGAUGCUGGAACAUAAAGGACAGGGCACAUGAUCAGCCCAAAUCAUCAUUCAGGGGCAAAAGGAAAUCUGAUAACCUGCCCAAUGAAUAUGAGCCUCAUCAGAAGAGACAGAAAAAACAGAUAAUAGAAGAGAAAACGGACGUCUCCAACAAAACUAAACUAGUUUUAUACAUCAACCAGCACACUGGAAGCUGGAACAUAAAGAAGAGGGCAUACGAUCAGCCCAAAUCAUCAUUCAGGGGCAAAAGGAAACCUGAUAACCUGCCCAAUGAAUAUGAGCCUCAUCAGAAGAGACAGAAAAAACAGAUAAUAGAAGAGAAAACUGACGUCUCCAACACAAAUAAACUACCUCCUAAACAUUUAGGCAUUGCACAUUUGUUGGAGGUUUAUGAGACGAGAGAACUGCUGGGCAAAGGAGGAUUUGGCUCUGUGUAUGCUGGUGUACGUAAAGCAGAUGGAUUGCCAGUUGCAAUCAAGUACAUCUCCAAACGUAAAGCACCUGAAAAACUGGAAAUCCCUGGACAUGGUUUCCUGCCCACUGAGGUAGCUUUGAUGUCCAUCGUCAAUACAGAACCAUACUGUUUAAACAUCCUGCGGAUUCUGGAGUGGUAUGAACAGCCAAAGUGCUACUACAUAGUUCUGGAACGACCCGAACCAUGUGAAAACCUCCACCAGUUCUGCAGUAGGUAUGGCAGCUGCUUGCCUGAGACUGUGACUCGUUUAGUGAUGGUUCAGCUGAUAGAUGCGCUGAAGCAUUGCAAGAGCCGGGGAAUUCUGCAUCGUGACGUCAAGCCAGAAAACAUCAUGGUUCAGACAAACACUCUUAAGGUUAAGCUGAUUGACUUGUGCGGAGACUUGAUCAAGGACAAGUACAAAGAAUUUACAGGCACACCCAGCUACGCUCCUCCUGAGUGGUUUAAAAAGAAAAAGUAUUUGGCAGAACCAGCGACUGUCUGGUCUGUGGGUGUGACACUGUACAGACUGGUGUGUGGCUCUCUGCCUUUCAACACCAGGAAGGACGUGAAACAUGGUCAUGUGCGUUUCUCCAGAAGGCAUUCUGAAGAAUGCAUGCAUCUGAUCCGUUGGUGUUUGUGCACCAAACCAGCAGGCCGUCCGAGCCUGGAGCAGAUAGAGCAUCACCCAUGGUUUCACUUUAGAGGAUCUGCACUACAAACUACUGGAUAGACACCUGCCAUCAAAUACAUCUGAAACCUACAAAUAUAUUUGUGCUUUUGUACAAAAUACAUCAAAAUAAAAAAAUUUAAUUGUAAAUUGAUUUUGACUGGAGUCAGUUUAUAUUGCAAUCAUUUUUGUUAAUCAUGCUUACUUAAUAAAACAAUAAGCAAUAAAAGUGGAGAUAAUCAGAGUUAAAGAUGAUUGUUUGGACCAAUUAAAAGGAAAGUCACUGUAUUGUCACUAUCACUAUAUUUCUGCAGUGCACGGGAAGUAAACAAAACACCCCUUAGCUUAGAGGUCAAAGGGGAAACGUAACAGGAAUGUAUAUCAAUUGUGCAUCAUAAAGG